AAACCACUUAAGAUCUGGAUUAAAAUGUUCUGAUGCAUCUUCCUGUAUGUGAGUUGUUUUUUCCUACUAAACCUCCAUGCUAGGAACAUGUGUGUAUGCCAAAACAGGAAUCAAGAUUCAAAGAGGGAAAAUCCUUUUCAGCGAAUUAUAUAUAUGAACCAAUGUUUCCUUAUCAAUCUCAAAGUGCAAGAACAAGUGAAGUCCCAUUUCAAGACCAAUCCAAGGAUCAGAAUCAAUCAAAACACUCGAUAACUGUUCAAUCCCAGGAUCCAAUCCAAAUAAAACAAUGGACAACCAACCAAUGUAUAAGUCAUGUGGAGCUGUCAAAAGGAACUUCUGUGAAAAGCUAUGUUGGUGAAGAAAACUGUGAAAUUUCAAACAUCAAGACAAUUCCUAUGUCUAGUGCAAUGUUGUCACCAGUAACAGCACAGACAAAAACAAACAAACGUACAGGAGAGAAAACUCCCAAGACUUUGUUAAAAAUGAUGGAACGGCACAGAGAAAAUGAGAGGGUAAGGCACCAUACAUUGAAUGAAUCCAUGAAGAAGGUCUGUGAACGCGUCCCAGGUUACUCAGCAGUCAUGAAAGAAACAAAGGUUGUGAUGAUGCAGAAAAUAAUAGCUUACAUUUGUUAUCUGGAGAAUACAGUCCAUGAUCUGUGUGAGAAACUGGAUGUAAGAGUUAGUGAUCUUCUCAUGUCAACAGACUUCAUUACAGAACAACUGAGAUCCAAGAAAGCUUUAAAAAAGGACAGUGCAAUACUGAAACACAAGGCAAAGAUCAAGUCUGAAAGCAAAAAAAUAAAAGUAGAGCCCAGACGACUGAAGAUCUCCUCCCCAACCAUAGACUCUACUACUGACCACAAACUGGUGGAGGAGGGGUACGAUUCCUCCCAGGAGUCGGGGAUUGGAACCAGUGUGGGGAUUCAGACUUUCUCCUCCAUCAGGGACCACCACUGGCUGACAUCUCCGCUCAAUAACCUCAUCAACAUCUCUGGAUGUGAGGGGACCCAAGAUGACCCAGAUGAGGAGGGAUUCUAUAGUCAAUCUACUCAAGGUGUGCUCAGCCAGUUAAUAGACACCCCGUCUAAACUUAUCUUUCAGAAUGAUGAUAUUUUGCCUUCCUCUUCCUGCUUGGACAAUUUUCCAGAUGCGUUUGAUCUCAUGUCCAGCCCUGUGUGUAAGCGAUCAUCUCAGCUCAACAGUCCUAGAACCAGGGAAAGAAUUCUAAUGAAUUCCUCGUAUGGGAUUAAGAAUGAUGUUCAGGAUUAUCCGGAUGUGGCUGAAGCUUCCGAAGGGGAAAUGAGAACCAUAUCACCAGAAAGUGUCCUAAAGACCAAUCCCUACAGGGAAGAUGUCUUCUUAUCCCAGGUAUCAGAGCCCAUCAGUCAACACAAUGUGUCAGCCUUAUCAGGGCACUCAGACAUUUCAGUUUUCCUGUCAAGUCCAGAGAAACCGAGCCCACAGUACACCCCUGUAAAGAGUCCAUGGUGGCCAGGCAAGAACAAGAGAAAGCAGUACACUCCCAAGAGGUCUCCAUUUAACAACAUCACCAACCUUAAAAUGAGUCCACCAGAAGAAGAGGAGGAGGAGGAAGAAGAAGAAGAAAAUAUCCCCGAGCCCUCUACCAAGAAAUUUAAAUCGGAAUCAUGUGGAAAAUUUUUACGUCGAAGUCCAGUUGAUGAAGAUUUUGUAUCCUAUGUACCAUAUAUAUGGAAAUUCCAUAGUACAUCUAGAGCUCGCAGACAGAAAGCAACACAUGGUCACAAAAAAUGCAGCAAGGACCUUGGGGAAAUCACAGAUGAAAACAAGAACACUGUUAGUAAACCCGAAAAAAUAGAUCACAGAAAAACCACCUGGAUGAAUGGAUUUAUGAUGUUUAGCAGAUAUAAUCGCAAGAAGUUUAUUGAAGCUAAUCCUGGUGUACACACCUCACACAUCAGUAAAAUCCUGGGACAUACCUGGAGGAAUAUGUCUGCAGAAGAACAGAAACCCUACAAGGAUGAGGCCAAACUGUAUGCAAAUGAAAUGAAGAACGAUAACCUGUUGUGCCCAGAGAGCAGUGAGGAGGCAUUUUCUAGUCCUGAAAAAUCAGACUGAACUCAGAGGAGAAAGUCGAGGGUGAAAGGGAUAUGGGAUGCAGUGGUGUACAGAGUAAUUAUUAAGAGGUACAUCAGGUGUAUGAAAUCUAUAAAGGUUAAAGGUUGGAUAUACUCUCAUCUCUGCAUUUUCAGGUUACCUGAAUCACCUCCUGAACUUUUGCUAUAGGGCUUUGUCUGUCUUCAUGUAUUGUUCUGCCAUAAGCAUUUGAUAUUUUCAUUUCUUUGAGAUGGGUGAACCAACCUUUGUAUUAGGUAUUUUAGCAUGUAAGGAUGCAGAACAAAGCAAUUUCAGACACCACAGUGAAAAUAAGUACAUGUACAUUGUAACUACAAUUAAAUACCGGUAGGUUUCCUGUAUACUACUGAAAAUAAAGGGGAUUAAGAGGAGUAAAUUCCUUUUAUUUUCAUUCCUUGCAUUUUUUUAGGAAAUUACUUUUUUUUUAUAUAAAACGUAAAGGCAGUUUUGUAAAAGAAAUAUGUUGUGCACAAUGUUUUAUUGUUUAAUUGACUAUUAAAAACUCAGACCAAAAAAAUAAACUUCUUACUUUUUCAAAGUAUUACAUAUAUAUAUAUUGGUGAAAUGAGUAUUUUUUGCUGCCUUUGUCUCAGUUUGUCAAAAUUUGUUGUUUUUAUUUGUAUGGUGUUCUCUACCUAUUACCACCUUUUAAAAUCUCAGUGUGUUAGUUUGUUAUAUAUAUAGACAUGUGUAAACAUUUGAAAUAAUGCAAAGUAUUUUAAAUAAUUCAAUGAUUGUUAAUAAAAAAUGCAUUUUGUAUACAAAUGAAGACGGAAUUUAAGUCAAGGAAUUUCAAAUGCUGUAAAAGUGAACAUAAAACUUGUAUUGCAGCAGCAGUCAUUUUAGUUAAAUGUCCUCAGUAACAUGUCUUUGUUAACUGUUGUAUAUGCCCUGGUGGGUAGAAUUAUUUUUAUAGACAUUUUUAUUCAUUGCAGGAAGUUAUUAAUGUUGAAAACAUUGAUUUUUUUUAUUUUGAUUGUUAAAUUAUUGUUUUCCUUCAUUUGUUGUUAUCCUCUUGAAUCAUGUUGCCACAAUAUCAUGCAAAAUGUUUUUGACUUGAAUAAAAGAUUCUCCUUUAGA